GCCACACUGACAACACUGUACCGUUAGCUAUUACAUCGUGACGCAUUUGUGUGUAAACUUGACAUUGGGAAUAUGCCAUAGAUCAGAUCACGUGGAUGAACCGGCUCGGCCAGAGCUCAAACCGUUGAACCCGUAUUCAAACUCUCGGCUCAACGUCGCGUCAUAUCAAACUUUUUUAUGGCAUUUAUAAAUUAAGGAAUAUAUAAAGCAUAAGAAAAGCAGGUAACUCUGAGAACGAAAGAUGGCAAUUUUCUUUUCCAAACUGAAACCUCAUCACCACUAUGUGAUUCUGCUCCUGAGCUUCACGAUCAUCUUGUGUUUGUACAUUGAUAACUCUCGUGUGUCCAAACCCGCUGCGUGCGUUAAUCGCACGUGCGCUCCGGACACCGAACGCACCAACUGGUUCUGCGCGCGCUUCGCCCCGACAGUCCAACUUUUGCUUAACAGCAGAAACAGCAGGUUAAGCGCAGACGUCUCGAGUUGGUGGAGGGGACUACAAAAUGUAAACCGUGUUGCCAACUACACAACCUUGGUGAAGAACCUGUUCCAGCUCUUCCCAAAUCAAGAACACUGCUCGGGUAGUCAUCCAAACCACUGCAGAACCUGUGCUGUCGUUGGGAACUCAGGAAACCUUCUGGGAUCGCGUUAUGGACCUCUCAUAGAUUCCAAAGACUGUGUCAUGAGGAUCAAUAAAGGUCCCACAGAAGGUUUUGAAGAGGAUGUGGGUUCAAAAACCACUCACCGGAUUUUCUACCCUGAGAGCGCCAUGGAUUUGGACAACUCCACCCAUCUGGUGUUUUCUGCUUUUAAGAUUUUGGAUAUUGAGUGGCUUAUCAGUGCCUUUACCACUAAACACAUCACAAAAACAUAUACAGAUGUUCCAUCUACAAUAAACGGCAAUAAGGACAAGGUGAUGAUACUUCACCCUGAGUUUAUGAAAUAUGUCCACGUGAACUGGACAGAGUAUCAUGGCAGUUAUCCGUCUACUGGUUUCCUAAUGGUGAUAUUCGCUCUGCACAUCUGUGACGAGGUUCAUGUUUUUGGAUUUGGAGCUACAAAAGAUGGAAACUGGCAUCAUUAUUUUGAUAAAACAUUGACUCCAUAUGCUAAUGAAAGUCAUGCGGGAGACUUUGAAUAUAAAACAAUCAGUCGACUUCACUGGGGAAAGAAUCUUUUAAUGUACAAGGGUUGGACAUGAAGCAAGUCGCAUUUCGGAGACGUUCCUGGAAGAAUGAUGUCAUUGUUGUACAAUACCAAAUUGCAAUUUUGCAGUUUGUUGUAGCAGAGAAUUUAGACAAAAAACUUAAAUUCAUCUCAAGAAAUCAUUUCAGUCCGAUAAAAAUACAUCAAACUAUAUAAUUUCAGCUUGUUUUUCUAAGUCAUGUUAACUUAUCACAAGUCAAAACAUUAUUAGGUUGUUUAAAUUUCAUGCUGUAUUUUCUUUACAGUGUGAGUUAUUUUCGACCCAGUGUUGGGUCAUAAAGGGACGAGCCCAUAUUUUGGGUUAAAUUAAGCUAGAAAAUGUUUAUAUUUGACCCAAAAAAUGGGUGAAAGCAACCCAGCAUUUCUUUAUUUAUUUUUUAGAGUGCAUGGAAGAAAUACUUUAACACACAGUGUAUCAUGGAGGUGGUUUGUUGAGGGUAGAUACACAGUUAUUCAAUUUUGUUGACAAAACCUCAAAAUAAUAAAAUAAUUAAACCACUCUCUUGUCUAAUUUAAGCUGUGUUUUUGGAUGCUGUGUAUUUUGGAUUUAUCUAUUUUUUUUUUCGCAGUAGAGGACAAUCAAAAUGUCAUCUCUGAAACAGGGCCGGGACCAGCAUGCAUGUAAAAGAAGGGGAUGAGUAAAUGGUGAAUGUGUAAAAUAGCUGAUGG